AUGCCGGUUAUGCGAAUAGAGGUGGGUCCCUUACCCUGCAUAGACGGGUUCCUUUACCAUGUUGCCGAUCAACGUCGUAACCAGAAUGGACCCUUUCAAUUUUUUAAUUAUAGACAUGCAUCUCUUCGGAAUGUUAUAGAGAAAACCUUUGGUGUUUUGAAAAAUAGGUUUCGUAUUCUUGAAGGCAUGAACAAUUACUCGUUGAAGAGACAAACUAAAAUUGUUAUGACAUGUUGUAUAAUUCAUAAUUUUAUCAGGAUGUUCAAUAUGCAAGACCUUAUCUUCGAAGAAAUUAAUGAAGAUGGAGUUUAUGAGGAUGAAGAUUUUGAUAUGGAAAAUGAGGAAGAAAAUGAAGGCAAUGGGGAGGGAUCAAAUCAAUCAUAUCAACGUAAUACAUACAACAUGACAACUCUGAGGGAUAACAUAACUACUGAUAUGUGGUUCCAACAUGUAUCCAUGUCCUAA